UUUAGGCAAGGUGAUUGAGAAUAUUCCGAUGACGAGCGAGUCGGAAGAUGUCCUCCGCCGCCGUACGGCACAUGCUGACUUCCGGAAAAGGCUACUCCAGCAGAAGGAGCUAGAUGCUCAGGUAUGGGCAGUGAGAGAAAAUUUGCGUGCGGCCAAAAAGGAAUAUGGUAAAACAGAAGAUGAUUUGAAGUCGCUUCAGAGCAUUGGGCAGAUCAUAGGUGAAGUGCUCCGGCCUCUAGAUAACAAAUGCGUGAUAGUUAAAGCCAUUGGUCCAAGGUAUUUGGUUGGCUGUUGCAGUACAGUGGAUAAGGAAAAUCUAACUUCUGGCACUAGAGUGGUUCUUGAUAUGACGACUCUUACAAUCAUGAGGGCACUCCCACGUGAAGUUAAUCCUCUGGUGUAUAAUAUGCUUCAUGAAGAGCCUGGCAAUAUAAGCUACUCUGCUGUGGGUGGACUGUCAGAUCAGAUCAGAGAGCUGAGAGAAUCAAUAGAACUACCUCUGAUGAACCCUGAACUUUUCCUCCGUGUUGGAAUUAAGCCUCCAAAGGGUGUUCUUCUCUAUGGGCCUCCUGGGACUGGCAAGACCUUGUUAGCCAGGGCAAUUGCUAGCAACAUUGAUGCCAAUUUCUUAAAGGUAGUAUCAAGUGCCAUUAUUGAUAAAUACAUAGGUGAGAGUGCGAGAUUAAUCCGGGAAAUGUUUAAUUAUGCUCGUGAUCACCAACCUUGCAUCAUUUUCAUGGAUGAGAUUGAUGCAAUUGGUGGACGUCGAUUUAGCGAGGGAACAAGUGCAGAUCGUGAAAUUCAGAGAACGCUCAUGGAGUUGCUUAAUCAGUUGGAUGGAUUUGACCAUAUUGGAAAGGUAAAAAUGAUUAUGGCAACAAACAGGCCAGAUGUUUUGGACCCAGCUCUUCUUCGCCCUGGUCGGUUAGAUAGAAAGAUAGAAAUACCCUUGCCUAAUGAACUAUCAAGAAUUGAGAUCCUCAAGAUUCAUGCUGCUGGAAUUGCCAAACAUGGUGACAUUGAUUAUGAAGCUGUUGUUAAGCUUGCUGAGGGUUUUAAUGGGGCUGAUCUUCGAAAUGUGUGCACUGAAGCUGGUAUAUCAGCAGUACGUGCAGAGCGUGAUUAUGUCAUGCAUGAGGAUUUCAUGAAGGCUGUAAGGAAACUGAAUGAAGCAAAGAAUCUUGAAUCAAGUGUGCACUAUACUGCCGAUUUUAGCAAGGAGUGAGGGAUUUUUGCCAUUGUGUGAUAUAAC